UGUCAUAUACAUUAAAGGGCAAGUGAUAAUGUGUUAUUUUGUGAAAGAAAAGUGAUUGAAAAGGGUGCGAUGGACUCCGAUCUGGAUAUCCAGAAUUUUCUCAAUUGUACCCGGGAGUUGAUGGGAAAGGAGCAAUGGGCUAGUCUUAAUGUUACACAACUGCUGGAUCUACUGCCAAGUCAGAUACUCGAGGAUAUUAAUCUUAGGGUAACACUUGGCAACUGCAUGGGCCUUGGAGAGAGACCAUUCAGCCUGCCCUGGUGGGUUCAGCUCGCCUGGUACAUAGUUUUUGCUGUGAUGCUUCUUCUCGCAAUUUUGGGGAACACUUUAGUUAUAUGGAUUGUUAUUGCUCACCGUCGCAUGCGGACUGUUACUAAUUGUUUCCUGGUCAACUUAGCUGUAGCUGAUCUCUUGAUGGCAACCCUGAACGGAGCUCCAAACUUCAUGUUCCUAGUCACUGCUAAUUGGCCUUUUGGAUCAACGACGUGCACUGCCAGUAAUUUUACGGCCAAUCUCACAGUUUCUGCGGGAGUAUUUACUCUUGUAGCCAUCACAGUGGACAGGUAUGUGGCCAUAGUAAAGCCGUUGCAUCAUCGGUUGAGCCGGAAGGUUGCUCGUGCGGCCCUCGUGACUGUUUGGUGUCUAAGCGCAUUACUGGCACUUCCGAAUUUACUGUAUUCUGAUACAUACAAAAAACAGUACAUAAAUGGUGAAAGAGAAAUAUGUUUUAUAAGAUGGCCCGAUGGGAGCUACCCAACUUCUAAAAUAGAUUAUUGCUACAACCUUAUAUUCCUAGCCGUGACGUAUGUAGUUCCGAUGGCAGUGAUGGUAUGGGCGUAUGCACGUAUGAGUGCAGCUUUACGAGGAAGAGCAAUUGGUGAAUGUACUCACCAUCAGAUGCAAGUUGUCAGAGCAAAACGGAAGGUUGUCAGGAUGUUUGUCCUAGUGGUGAUGGUGUUUGCAUUAUGUUGGCUUCCUUAUCAUGCAUUCUUCGUGCUGGCGUACCAUCACCACUCUUUGACUUCAGGAGCUUUCGCCCAGCAUAUGUACCUCGCUUUCUAUUGGUUGGCCAUGGCGAAUUCAAUGUUCAACCCACUUAUAUAUUACUGGAUGAGUAACAAAUUCCGGAUAUACUUUCGCGUCGUGUUAUGUUGUUGUGGUAAUACAAAAAGCACGACGCCCAACGAUAUGAAGAAGCUCGAAGGAAAUAAAUCAUUUUCUGAUCAUUCGAAUGCUACCGAACUACUUACGAAUGGAAAUGCUCUGAGGGUGAAUCCGAGGGGAGAGAGGGACAAUGAAACUCAUUUUCACGUGUGCGACGAUAAAUUAUAA